UGAAGCUACGAAAACCUUCUCAGGAACACGCGUAGGAACAUGACCUUUGCAGACGCAUCCACAGCAAGAGAUGGCCGGAGGAAACGACGAGCUGAAGCUGGUCGGGCAGUGGGCGAGCGCGUUCGUCACAAGGGUGAAGCUUGCCCUCCACCUCAAGGGUCUUAGCUACGAGAGCAUCGAGGAGGAUCUCCGCAACAAGAGCGAGCUGCUCCUCAGCUCUAACCCGGUGCACAAGGCGGUUCCGGUCCUGAUCCACAACGGUAAGCCCAUCUGUGAAUCGCAGAUCAUCGUGCAGUACAUCGACGAGACCUUCGUCGGCACUGGCCCAUCAUCCCUCCUCCCGGUUGACCCCUAUGAACGUGCCGUUGCUCGCUUCUGGGCUGCCUACAUUGACGAGAAGCUGGUGGCGCCAUGGGAUCGCGUGUUCAGGGUCAAGACGGACGAAGAGAGGGACGAGGCGAUGAAGCAGAUGGUCGCAGCAGUGGAGGUUCUGGAGGGAGGCCUCGAGGAGUGCUCCAAGGGGAAGCGCUUCUUCGGCGGCGACAACGUCGGGUACGUGGAUGUCGUUCUGGGUGGUGCCGUCUCGUACGCCAAGGCGAACGAUGCGCUCUUCGGUGCCAAGCUCUUCGACGCCGCCAAGACGCCGCUGCUGGCUGCGUGGAUGGAGCGCUUCAGCGAGCUCGACGCGGCCAAGGCGGUCCUGCAGGAUGUCGACAGGGUGGUCGAGAACGCCAAGUUUCUGAUAGCGAAGAAUGCCGCCCGGGCUUCAAACAACUAACGGAACCGGCGUGGCGUCCUAUUAUGGGUUGGGGAAAAAAAUAUGGUCCUAUAGUGUUCUGAUUGCAUCGCAAAUAAUACAGUGUUCACGGAGGGUGUUUUUUGGCAUAUACAGUUUUCCACCUUUUCUGUUUGGAUUGCAAAUAAUCCAGUGUUGGCGGAGGCUGUUUUCGCCACCUGUAAGGAAUAAGCUAAAGCGAUGUAUACUCUUA